GUCGCUUGUAAACAGAGGGAUAUGGCUGACGAGAGAGGAGGAGGAGAAGACAACGUAGACGACAACAUGGGAAACCAGCUGCAGCUUUUACCAGACAACGAGGAGGAGGAUGACAUGGAGACUGAAGACCGAGACAGUGACGAGGGGGAGAAGCCCAGCAUCAUCACCUUUGACCCCAGUCUCCCCACAUCUCACUCUUACCUGGGCUCGGACAUGGAGGAGUUUCACGGCCGUACAGUUCAUGAUGAUGACAGCUGCCAGACCAUCCCUGUGCUGCCGCACACGGCUGUGAUGCUGGUGCCGGGCCAGACGUUGCCUCUGCAGCUCUUCAGGCCGCAGGAGGUCAGCAUGAUGCGGAGCGUCAUCCAGAAAGAUCGCACUUUUGCUGUUCUUGCACAAAGCAAUGCAGGUGAUCCAGAAGCCGACUUUGGAACAACAGCUGAAAUCUAUGCAUUCAGAGAGGAGCAGGAGUACGGCAUUGAAACGGUUAAAGUGAAGGCUGUGGGGAGGCAGAGAUUUAAAGUCCACGAAAUAAGAACUCAAGCAGAUGGAAUCAGGCAAGCCAAAGUGCAGAUUCUUCCAGAGCGUAUCCUCCCAGGUCCCCUAUCUGCCGUGCAGCUGGGACCCAUGUCCAGGCUCCACAUGCACCCUUCCUCCAAACCCCCGACUCAGAGCUGCAAACAGGCUCAGUGCUGGUGGAACACCUUUCAGCAGAGAAAGUUUCACUCUGCCAGCCUGACACCAUGGCCACCUUGGGUGUACGCACUCUAUGACUCUGAGUCGCUCAUGAACAGAGUGAAGAAACAGCUCCACGAAUGGGAUGAGAAUCUGAAGGAUGACUCCCUCCCUAAGAAUGCCGUAGACUUUUCCUACAGGGUGGCGGCCUGUCUGCCCAUAGACGAUGCUUUGCGACUGCAGCUGCUGAAGAUUGGCAGUGCCAUUCAGAGACUUCGCUGUGAGUUGGACAUCAUGGACCGGUGUACAUCACUGUGCUGUAAGCAGUGCCAGGACACAGAGAUCACCAUGAAGAAUGAGAUCUUCAGCUUGUCUCUGUAUGGCCCCAUGGCUGCGUACGUCAACCCCCACGGCUACGUCCAUGAGACGCUGACCGUCUACAAAGCCAACAACCUCAACCUGGUCGGCAGGCCAUCCACGCUGCACAGCUGGUUUCCAGGGUAUGCCUGGACCGUUGCUCAGUGCCGAACCUGCGGCUCUCACAUGGGUUGGAAGUUCACAGCCACCAAGAAGGACUUGUCUCCGCCUCGUUUUUGGGGCCUGACCCGCUCAGCCAUGCUGCCCCGUAUCCCCCAGGGGGAGGGGGAGGAGGGCAGGGAGGGCUCUCGCCUCCUCUGCCUGUGACGGCAAAUCAUCCACCCGCCUCUCCUUUCAAAAGCCCCGCAAACCUCCCCAGGCCCGGAUCACCAGUCUCGUCUGGGUGCAAAUACUUACUAGUAAUCAGAGCAUCUCCCCGCCUGUCACCUCCGGCAGCAAAUCAAUCACAUUAGAGGAAAGGUCAUUGAACCUUCAAACGCCAGUCCUGGGAGCAGAUUUGAGAAGGAUCGGCCUGAAAUCUGGGAGCAAAAUGCUCAGAGAAUCCUGGUUAAGAGUGACAGUUUGAACAGACGGUGAACAUUGGUUUAACAUCCCAGCAUGCAGCUCCCCGAUCUGUGUUCCUGUUCAGCUGUUUUUUCCUUGAUAUACCAAGCUGUAGUUGUUGAUCCACACAAACACAGAAAGUGCUGAAUGCAUAGAGCUUUAUACCUUGAACUAUUGUCCUGCAGGGCGGAGUCUGACUGCAUGCUGAUGGAACCGAGCGUCAGCCACUUCAAUCACUAAACUCGCUGUAAAUUCAACUGGCAUUCAGAUCUCUUUGUGAGCGUCUUUCAGAUAAUAAUUUAGCUGCCGUAGACCCGUGGAGGAAUGUGUUCACAUGAAAGAACGCUCACGCGUGUGUAGAUCAGUGACAAUAAGAAGAUAUUUUCAGUCGUGGAAUAAAAUUUGUUGUAUUUUUGUAUGCAGGAGGUUUGAAAGUUAAUAUAACAUAUUCACUGAUGUGGCGAUGCACGAUAUUUAAUCAUCACAGCUACUUUUUUUUCUUGUUAUAAACAAAAAACUGAGCUGGUAAUUUAUGAUCAUGUCUUAAAAACCUGAUAUGUAUAAUCUUUGUUUUUGUUUCCCCAGAGGCUUAUUUUAUUUUCCCAUCUGAUUAUAAGGUUCAAGAAACAAGCUUUAUUUAGUUGCACAAGUGAAAAUUAGAUGCGUAUGAGUGCCUCAGACUGUUUUCCAAAGGUCAGAGCUAAUUAAGAAGAAAGGAAAGAAAGCGUUCACCCAUCUAAUGAUGUGUGGCAUGUUAAGAAAUGUUGUUCCUAUACUCCUGCAGUUUUUUCGUUGUUGUUUUUAUAUGUUUGAACAAUCUUUGAACUGCUGAUUGAGGAUGAAAGAUGAAAGACAGCAAGGUGAUGAUAAUACACAUUUUAAGUGUUCUUUUGAAAUUUUACUUUGAGUUUUCAGGAUUGUACUUCUUGCAGUCUUGCUGCAAGGUUCUGGUUCACGUUUGUGUGACGUCAUUGAAAAUAAAGCAGUGAUGGUGUGAAAUACGACCACAAAUCUCACUAUUUCUCCGCAAAAAGCUAAUAAUCUCGAAUCGGAAAACGGAGUAGCUGAAAACAGUGAUAUUCAAUAAAGUCCAAGAAUGUUUGUGUAAAAUACCUGUUUUUGGUUGGUAUUUUUGAGAAAAACAAAAAACA